AUGGCGAACCACCAUACUGACCUGCGGCCCCCUCUUUUCCCCCUCAACAUAGAAACGAUUCGCAAUGGGCCCUUAUUCCAAUUUGAUGACAAAACGAGAUAUAUGGUGACUGCCUGCCGAGCAUACGGCUACAAGCUUGGUUACCAUCAGAUUCUUGACUCUGCAAGGAACGCCCUGAAUAGCGGAGAGGCCCAGCCAAUGUGUCUGGUUCUCCUACCCCCAGUCCCAGCCCUCUCGACUCGCCAAUCUAUGGCCAUGCUCGCUAUGAUCGAUAUUGACAUGACCCCACGCUCGUGGGAGUGGUCCCCUGAGUUUAUCAGCAUCUAUGGCAGUCUGGAAGGCAGAGCCGAUGGUCUCUGGGCGUAUUGUAGCGAUUUCCGCCGGGUUAUAUCAACUACGAUCGACCAGCGGCUUUUCCCACACUACAAACGACCCUUCAUCUGGCUUGCAAAGAAUUUGGAAUACCUCGGCUUUUGCGAAAAUUUGGAUAGGGCUGCCGUUCAAAAGAAUAUUCGAGUGUUGGAUCGCAACGAAAUGGAAGCCGCUUGGGUGCAGGUAAUGAUGAGAAGUUUCGAGUGGGAGACGCAUGAAGCCAUAUCAUCGUUGAUUGGCAAGGUCAGUUUCCACCGUGAAGUCACCAGCGAAGCUCAAGCCAGAGUGGUUAUGCAGCACUUCUUGAGAACAGCAUUAAAGAAGCGGUACCAACCAGUUGAAAAAGUGGAGAAAUACUGGGAGGAAAAACCGGCGAAGUAUAACGUUCCGGACCUUAACAUCACGCCUACACCCGAUGGGAGCUCAGAGCUUCCAGGGGAAUUGAAUACCGACUUUGAAGAUGAAGAUGAUGAGGGCGACGUGGCUAUGGCAGAGGGAGGGGAGACCCAGGGGGUUGUUGAGAUGUCCAAUGAAAUGCGACAGAUGGAUUUGGACGAUGAUGACGAAGAGGCUCCCGCGAGUGGCCACACCAGGGAAGAAAUCCUGGAGAUAAUUUCUGCUGAAGCAGAGAGCGAGGCAGCCGCUGCCUGGAAUGACCUUGCAUAA